ACUGUGACAGCUAACUUAGCAUCCACUCAGUCAAUGACAGUAUUCCAAUAAGAUCGUGUUUGGUCCCCGGUAGCCAGGUGGGACCUAGAUUUUUCAAAUUUACUUUAAUUGUUUGCAUCCCGAAGUUCACUGUCUCCUUCAAAAUGGCAAAGGCACAGGAUGUAAUGCCGUCUGAGACGGAGUUAGACUGGAUUCAGAUGCGCAAAAAAUAUGAAGUCGGCCAAAUGCCUGAAACUACGAAAGAGAAAAUGGCCCGAAAGAUCCAGGAAAAUCCUCUGGUCCCAAUCGGGUGUCUUGCUACCCUGGGCGCGCUGACAUAUGGUCUAUGGAGCUUCCGAACGGGCAAUCGACGCAUGUCACAGAUAAUGAUGCGCACCAGAAUUAUUGCGCAAGGUUUCACUGUUGUUGCAUUGAUCGUUGGUGUCGGGCUAACGUACGCCAAAAAGUAGACGGUAGACAACUUAUCCCUCUAAAUUCGUAGUCCAUGUUAUUGUUUGCAAACAAAAAGGAGAUAUCUAGUAUCAUUCAUAUGUGAUUAUUUUGUAUAUAAAAAAUAGGCUUGACACUGAAUGUUUCAGAUAAUGAAAUGUUUUUUUUGGUAUAACU